AUGUUGAACGCCGAGAACACCGCCGAGAACGGGUCGCCGAAACGGAGGUCGACCUUCUACGUGUCUUUGGACACCGACGGCCGCGGACAACCGUCCAAGAUCCCGAAAACAACGAGCACCGAGCCCGCCAGCAACAACACGUUGUUGACAACGACAAAAGCGACAACGGCAAACAACUCGGUGAUAUUAACCCGCGCGUUGAGCAACAAUGACUCGCUGUCGAGUGCGAGGCAGGCGGAAGGGCCAGGGUUCCCGGAGUCGAGGGGCAAAGUGCAGUCGUUGACGAAGAUCUUCGAGGCCUCGAAGGGAACGGUGGAACAGGUGGCUCCGAAUGGAGGCUCCGAUCAGAGGAAAAAGGUCGAGAGGACCAGGUCGUUCAAGACGAUCGAGAGGUUUCACAGCCGGUUCACCGGCAGGAAGGACGCGAGUCGUAAGGACAGCCGUCUGAACAACACGAUCGCGUAUUUCGAGGUGGAGGACGAGGACUCCUCCUCGAGGAGGAGGAAGCCGGACGCGGGAAAGUCGUCGAACGGCGCCGCGAAGAUCACCGGCUCGGAGGCCAGGGGCAAACAGAGCACCAGCACGUUCACCAACUUGUUGAUACGCAGAACUCACAGCACCAAGUUGGCUAGGAGCACCAGCACGCUGGUGAAGGUGUCCGGCAGGCACGCGUCGCUCGACAGUCCGUGCGGCGUCGCGACGCCUGCCAGGGGCGGCGAGAGGUCGUCGAAGGAGGAGAACACCGAGACACCGGACGAUUCUAUCGCGGACAACGACGAGGGCACCGAGUCCUCCGUAUUCGAGGACGCCGACGCCGACGCCGACGCUGGCAUACACUCA